ACAUGACGGUGGCUCCGGGAAUGGGGUGUAAUGUAAUAUUCCGUGGUACAUAAUUGGAGCCAAGACUACAGAAAUUAAUGACUGUUUCAUAUUAUUUUGACUUCAGAGACGGCUAAAAUAAUGCCACAGGUAUAAUAUUUGAUAAAGCGUGUUAACUAUUGGCAUCGAACGACGUAUUGCAUAGCAAACAGGAGGAAUACAAAAAAAACGAUCCAAUCAGUUUGCCCGGUGAAUCCAGGUGCUAAAUCCUUCUGCUUCUCUCUGGAGUGUAUUUUUUUUUUCCAGUGUCCCCCCACGCCGCCAUUAAAGACCGACAGAACGGUGGUUGAAAUUUGGGAUUAAAAUGAUUUAAAGCCCUGGAGAGACUGCAUCGGGGGUGUUGUUCUAUUGCACAGGUCUCGGAGCUACGUACAAACGGAAACUUAAAUAUGCGUCUUUUGACCAAAUGAAAGCUUGACUUCGGGACAUACAGAUUGGGUUUCGUUGGGAAAGCGCGAGCGAUAUAACGUUAAUGUUGGACUGAAGCUCAAGAGCGGUUUGUUGUGGUUGCGCGUUGAAGGAGUGUAAACACAGGAAAAGGACCUGAGCCCUAGGACCAUGCCCCAGGACUACCUGACAUGAUGACUCCUUGCUGUCCCCAGUCCACCUGGCCAUGCUGCUGUUCCAGUUUCAACUGACCUGAGCCCUAGGACCAUGCCCCAGGACUACCUGACAUGAUGACUCCUUGCUGUCCCCAGUCUACCUGGCCAUGCUGCUGCUCCAGUUUCAACUUCCACCUGACUGUGCUGCUGCUCUAGUUUCAACUGUUCUGCCUUAUUAUUAUUCGACCAUGCUGGUCAUUUAUGAACAUUGAACAUCUUGACCAUGUUCUGUUAUAAUCUCCACCCGGCACAGCCAGAAGAGGACUGGCCACCCCACAUAGCCUGGUUCCUCUCUAGGUUUCUUCCUAGCAUCCUGCUUGCCUGUGUGAUCUCCUUGAGUGGAGCUGCCAACCAGAGUCCCUCCCAGCAGCAGCCAUCACCCAGCGGUGGAGUGACUAUGACUGAGCUGGGUGCCAAGUGGGCCUGUGAGUACUGCACGUUUGAGAACUGGCCUUCUGCCAUCAAGUGCACCAUGUGCCGCGCCCAGAGGCCCAGCGGGGGUGCCAUCAUCACCGAGGAGCCCUUUCGGAGCACCCCUGGCCUGGACUCCAGCCACCAGUGGGAACGUCUGAGUCACAGCAACAACCCACCCCAGGGAGGCUCCAGUCUCCUAAUCUGCCCGGACUCCAGUGCCCGCCCCCGUGUCCGCAUCACAGAUUCCCCCGAGGCCCCCUCCAGCAAAUGGUCCUGCCACAUGUGCACCUACUUAAACUGGCCCUGUGCCAUUCGCUGCACUCAGUGUCUGUGCCAGCGGCAUCAGGGACAUCAGCAGGAGCAGCGCCACCAGGGGCUGGCGCAGCAGCCACGCAUUUCCACCGAGUCACCCCAGACCUCAGGCUCAGGAUGCCGACCCACACCCCCAUCCACCCCUACGGACCCCUGCGAGGAGUAUAACGACCGCAACCGCCUCAACACCCACGCCCAGCACUGGACCUGUGCCGCCUGCACUUAUGCAAACUGGCCUAAAGCGUGCAAAUGUGUGGUGUGUGACCACUCCAGGCACAAGAGCUUGGCAAAACCCAUCGAACUGGCCUUGAAGCCCGAGAACCUACCACCCUCCAUACUCAACGAGCAGGACAGUGACAACAGGAGGGGGGUGGUGGGAAGGGGCGGAAGUGGAGUAGUGGUGUGCUGCGGCAGCCAGAGGAGGUCCCCGCCCACCUCCAAGCGGGAGGUGGAGGCUAAAAUGGACUUUCAGAGGAACGAGCUGGCAUUGGGAGCCGGAAUUGGGAGCAUAGAGGAGCGGCAGGUGGACUUUAAGAGGCUUAAACAGAUGAAGAACAGGAUGAGGAGGACUGACUGGUUGUUUCUCAAUGCUUGUGCAGGUGUGGUAGAGGGGGACCUGGCUGCAGUGGAGGCCUAUAAAUCGUCAGGGGGGGACAUCGCCAGGCAGCUGACGUCCGACGAGGUGCGCCUUCUCAACCGGCCCUCGGCCUUUGACGACGGCUUCACCCUGGUCCACCUGGCCAUCCGCUUCCAGAGGAAGGACAUGCUGGCCGUGCUCCUCACUGAGGUGUCCCAGCAGGCAGCUAAGUGUAUCCCAGCCAUGGUGUGCCCUGAGCUGACGGAGCAGAUCCGUCGCGAGGUGGCUGCCUCCCUGCACCAGCGCAAGGGAGAAUUCACCUGCUACUUUCUCACUGACCUGGUCACCUUCACCCUGCCAGCAGAUAUCGAGGACUUGCCCCCAACAGUUCAGGAGAAACUGUUUGACGAGGUGCUAGACCGAGAUGUACAGAAAGAGCUGGAGGAGGAAUCUCCUAUCAUCAACUGGUCUAUAGAGCUAGGCACGCGGUUGGACAGCAGGCUGUAUGCCCUGUGGAACCGCACGGCUGGGGACUGCCUGUUAGACUCAGUAUUGCAGGCCACCUGGGGCAUCUAUGACAAGGACUCUGUCCUCCGCAAGACCCUUCACGACACUCUGCACGACUGCUCCCACUGGUUCUACACGCGCUGGAAGGAGUGGGAGUCGUGGUAUUCCCAAAGCUUCGGCUUGCACUUCUCACUCAGAGAGGAACAGUGGCAGGAAGACUGGGCUUUCAUCCUCUCACUGGCCAGCCAGCCUGGAGCCAGCCUGGAGCAGACUCAUAUUUUUGUUCUUGCACACAUUCUUCGUAGACCAAUCAUCGUCUAUGGAGUGAAGUAUUACAAAAGUUUCCGUGGUGAAACACUUGGGUACACCCGUUUUCAAGGUGUGUACUUGCCCCUGCUGUGGGAGCAGAGUUUCUGUUGGAAGAGUCCCAUUGCUCUGGGCUACACGCGCGGCCACUUCUCUGCACUGGUGGCCAUGGAGAAUGACGGCUUCAACAAUCGGGGCGCAGGCGCCAAUCUCAACACAGACGAUGAUGUCACCAUCACCUUCCUACCGCUGGUGGACAGUGAGAGAAAGUUGCUCCACAUCCACUUCCUCUCAGCACAGGAGAUGGGGAACGAGGAGCAGCAGGAGAAGCUGUUGAGGGAGUGGUUGGACUGCUGCGUGACAGAGGGUGGAGUGCUGGUGGCCAUGCAGAAGAGCUCCCGCCGGCGGAACCACCCCCUGGUAACACAGAUGGUAGAGAAGUGGCUGGACGGCUACCGACAAAUCCGCCCCUGUGCCUCGCUCUCCGACGGUGAGGAAGAGGAGGAUGAUGAGUGACAACUGGAGUAGGCAGGAGUCCACCCUCUUUUUUGUUUAUCCUCUUUCACUUACAUGGACAAACUGUGAAAGGGCAGGGAAUCACCGUACCCUGGCAGAGGACACAUAAGAAAAACUCUGUUGCUGCAAAAAGACUUGGGGAUGAAAGAAAUAAAGGAUUGUAGAUUUCAAACGCUAAUGAUCUUCUCAAAUAUAAAUGCAUGUGGUUGUUUAAAAAAGUAUAAGGAAAUAUACCAGUAUCGGUUUAUGAUGGGCAUCGAUGAAGUACACUUCCUAAAUGACUGUCCUUUUUAGUCGUUUUUCCAGUUGAAAUAGUUCUUGUUUUUUGACGGGCAUGGUCUAGGCCAACAUAUCUUUGUCAGGGCACCCAACAGAAAACUGCUGCAAUUGUGUACUAUGAAUUUAAUUCUUAAAGGGAUACUUCAGGAUUUUCUCAACAAAGCCCUUUAUCUACUACCCCAGAGUCAGAUGAACCCAUGGGAGAUACCAUUUGUCUCUGUAUCCAGUAUGAAGGAAGUUAGAGGUAGUUUCGCAAGCCAAUCCUAACUAGCAUUAGCGCAGUGAAUGGUAUCUACUAGCAGUUAUCAUAGGCUUUGUUAUUGUGCUAAUGCUCGUUAGCAACUUCAUUCAAAUGCAGGGACAAAUGGUAUCAUCUGGGGAAGUAGAUAAAGGGUUUCAUUGACAAAAUCCCCUUAGUAUCCCUUUUAAAACUAAGCACUACACAUUUGACUAACUGCUUGAAUGAAGGUCAUUUUCAAAGCUACAUAAAUGAAGUUCCCUUCUCACCUCAAAACUAGUGUCACUAAGGUCUUGGGGAUCAUACACAUUGGUGUUUAGUUUACCCUUUUCCCCAGAAUGGCUAAAAUGAAGUCUUUUCUUGAUCUCAACUAAUUCUCCUUAUGUUUUGAGCUGAGAUUCUGUCGUUUUGUCAUUUCUUUCAAUCUUGAUGUUUUGUGGCAGACCUUUUUGCUGUGAGGAAAAUAACCAUCUGUGGAAGUUUACUUCAGCACCUCAUGUUUGGUGCAUUGGAGGAGUGAGUAAGUCACAUUCAACGUCUACAUUAAAACAAUUCUCAUGUUUCUUU